UGUUGGAGCUGCCACGGGCUUACGCUGUGCUCACACGCCCCGCUGAUAGAUGGUGGGAGAUUGAGAGAUGGGCAGCGUCGUGAGGAGAAGGAUCAUAGUGUCUGGUGGGAGAGAAACAGGUGGAAGGAGUGAUGAACUUGCACACCGGGUGCGCAGCAUCGGACACCAAGCUCCCGAGCCCUCCCACAACAAACGAACCAGUUUCACAACCAGGGUCCUGCUGCUUCUGAUAAUAUUGACAGUGUUGGUCCUCUGCUGGUACAUCUUCGGCACGGCUCUCCGAGACAUCGAGGCCGGGAUACCGAUUCCGAGGAAGGGGUAUCCUGUCGGGAGUGUUCCGAGUGUCAUAUCGGAGGUCUUCCACGCGAGGCGACGGGCGAUGGCGAGGGGCGGGGUGGUCAACCACAGGGAAAGAGGCAUCGGAGAGCCGGCGGGCUUGGUGUUCCAAGAAACGCGGAAUGACGAGGGAAAAUCGUUGCCCGCUGCGGCCCUCUUCGCUGCUGCUGGGCCGCCUGUUGUCGUGCUGGACAGGGCAGAGCACCUCCAGAACGUGAUCCGUCGUUGCAUGGAUGCAGACGGAUGUGACUCCGAGGGCAUCACCCGCGAAAUCCGGUCACAAGUGUCAGCGCUGGUCCUCGAAGGCUCGAAGUCGGCAGCGAAGCCAGAAUCGGCAUCACGCGAAGGCGAUGCAAGGGGUGACUGCGAUGCAUCAUCAUCCCCUUCACCACUAAUUGUUGGACACGUCGACGACGAAAUGGACAACCCUUCUAGGCCCACCGGCAGAGACGACACGGAAACGCCAGGAGAGCUAAUCUGUGCCCGAGGUUACGAUGGGGGCCCCGGCACGGAGUGGGACGAGGAGGGGGGGGAAGCGUCCUUAAGCCUGGCGACUGCUGCUAGCGCCGGGUCAAGGGUGGUGAAGGGUGAAGAGCACGUGCUUAUGGAGGCAGUAUUUUGUGAUGACGGAGGGAAGGGUCAGGUGUUAGAGGGGCGGGUUGAUGGUGGUUGGUGCGACGCUUGGUCACCCGGCCAUGGAGGACGGGGAGGAGACGCGGAGCUGUGGACAACAGUGUUGGUUGCUUCGGGUUGGCGAUGGGACGAAGUCGAGACUUUGCUUGAGGUGUUUCCCGGGACCCCUUGGCUGUAUCUUUACCACGAGAGCGACGAUGGCACUUCCAAGCCCUGCUUGCAGAGCUCUAGAUAUGCCGGAAUGAGGUCGAUGCAUGACUCGAAACACAACAGUCGUGGUCACCGGGUGGCUAUGGCGUCGUCUCGCCUAACGGCAGGGGCAGCCGCCAGGGUGUUGACGAGGCUUUUCGGCGCGAAGUUGCACCCCGGCGGAGAGCUUGCAAUGUCACAGCUCCACGCUAGACACGCGGCCACCGACGACGAGGACCUCUCCGCAAACGGAGCACCGCAUUCAGCGGCUCCGGCAGCGACUGCCUCGGCAGCGGCAGGUUUUCCCUCCCUCGGCGAGGUGUUUCCUUCUGAUGGAAGCGUUUCUCAAGCAGAUGCGUGUCGGGACCCUUUUGAGGAGGGCACCAAGGUGCUUGGUGGUCCUUUCGACACUGUGUGGUGGUGGGGGUCCGGAGACAAUCUGACAAGCGACAGGAUCCUAGAAAGACAUCGUCAAGGGGGAGCAGAGGGGGGCAGCCCCUGCGGCAGCAGCUCGCGAGAGACCGUUGGUAUCGCUUCUUCUGUCGAAGAUGGUGCCGGGCGAGUCCCUCAGCGACGGAAAAGCCAUGCAGGGACCGGCAAAGCCGGCGGCCUCGGGAAAAAGAGCGGAAACAGCGAAUCACAAAAAGGGACGGGCGAAAAAGGGCAAUUUCAUAACUCAUCAUCACCAUCAGUGGCACCAGCAGCAACCUUCGAGGCAACCAGGGAGGGGGAAGAUCGGCGUGAUGACGUAAAGGCGUCGCUGCUCCCGGUUGAGGAGGAGGGUCUAGCGGUGGGAGAAGAUCCCCAACGGCGGUGGGACAGGGGCCUCAGGCGCAUGGUUGACAGCGAUUCUCCCUCGUGGAUGUCGUCCGAGGUGUACAGCGAGCCGAUCGAAAGGUUCUCUUGCCCGGAAGAACCCGAAGCCGGCUACCCGACGGAGUGGCCGCUGCUCGACCUGCUCGCCAACUGGAACCCCGGGAACGCGUCCGGAGUUCCAGAGAGGCAUUUUCUCGGGGUUUGCAGGUUCAACUACCAGACAGAGCUACACAAGGCGCGAGCAUACAGUCUCCGUGAGGUGCCGUUUAUUGUCUUCAACGUGCCUGAGUUGGACCGGGCCGUUCAAGAGUGGAGCAAUCCGGCCAAGCUGACCGCUGCCCUCGGAGACCACUUGUACAGCAUUGACGUCUCCUCCAGCAAUCGAUUCCUCUACUACGGAAAACGAAGCUGGGAUCGGCCCCUAGGCUGGACACCGCCCACACGAAGAAUCUUGGACACUUUCGACGCUUGGUUGCGGCACGCUCUCGGGAUUCGCCGAUUAGAAGACCACCAGCCUGUCCGUGACAACGGCCACUUUGUUGAGGCGAGCGACGGGCCCGGCCAAACGACCGACCAAUCACGCGCGGAUAAGGAUAAGGACUUCCUCGCGCCAUACGGCGGGGAACAGUGCGACCGUUCUCCGGACCGUUCUCGGGACCGUUCGCAGGACCAAGGAGCGGAAUGGUUCCAAGGCGGGAGGGAUAACAACGCCAAGAGUGAAGUGGUGCGGGGAGAGGAGACGAGACAAGAAUCUCCCUCAAGGAAGGCGCACUACUACCUGAAGUUCUCCUCCACCGUGGAAAGGCCGAACCGGUUCGUGGACCGUUCUUUGCCGUUUUUCGUCCCUCCUGCACAGCCUCUGGAAACCCACGACGACGAGUUCUCGGAAAGCUUGGCAUACGACGACUAUGGUUUAAGCCCAGCCGAGGGGGAUUACUCUGCCGGAAAAAGGGGACGUCGAAGAAAGUGGUCGAGGGAGAGCAGGUGGGCCGAUCAAAAUGCGUGGCCCCCGCACCAGCGUCGACAGUCGGAGGAAGCGUUGGAGGGCGGGGAAGACGAGGAACCAGUCGAUGGUGCUACUCGCAUGCUCGAGGACGCAGUAGGGAGUGACAAGGAUGAAACCGACAUUUUCUUGAGGGAUGCGUCGGCAACGAAAGGGAUUCACUGCCGCCUAGGGAUGGAUGGGGUCAUGUCGGAGGGCCACUACGACGGGUCGCGGAACAUGGUGGCACUCCUGGCCGGAAAACGUCGUUGGAUUCUGUCCAACCCUCAGAACUGCGGGCACAUGCACAUGUUCCGAAAGGGCCACCCCUCCGCUCGACACACGUCCGCGGACUGGACAGACCCGAACGUGGCGUCGCAGUUCCCGAAUCUACAGGAGGCCACCGCGAACGAGGUCAUCCUAAGAGCCGGGGAGGCCCUUUUCGUGCCGGAGCACUGGAUCCACUCCAUCGUCAACAUCGGAGUCAGCGCGCAGUGCAACAGCCGAUCUGGAAAGUCCAACCUGUACCGGCCGAUCAUUAAAGAAUGCGAAGGUAACGCGCACGCCGAGUGAUCUGAUCUACAGUAUCCUCCAUUAUGAUUAUUUUUUGUCUUUCCCACCGCCGGGUUUGUGGCGUCGAUAGCAGUACAGCGGAGGAAGUAGCCCAUUGGCCUUCUUGCCCUCCCCAAGCGGCAUUUUCGCAAUCAUUGUAUCUGGGCGGUUCGGUGCUUGGUAUCAUUUUUGUUGACUGUUUGCGCUUCUCAAAAGGAUGUGAAGGGGUGUGAGUCUCGUCUCAUUUCUUGAGUUCGUUGUGCCAUCUGCACGAACGAUCGUGUCCUGUAGACCCGGUUGGCUCAAGGACUACCGAAACAACGAAACUUGAGCAACGUACCGCCGAGCAGGCUGUUUCCCUGUGUUAGAGAAGGUGUGAUAAUAGUAGGACCUGUGCAGGACAUAGAACUGGGUGACAGGAAGACCGCCGUUCCGGCGUGGUUAUUGCUUUAGAAUAUAGAAUAGCAGUAGUAAACAAGUUGCCUUGUGGCGGGAGGGCAUUCCAAUACGGCUUGUCCCAAAGCGGCGCUGUGUAGAUGUAUUCAGUGGGUCAAUGUGCUCUGCACACCGCCAUGCAGAAAGGGUCAAAGUAUUUUCGAGGUGUACUUGUACGUUCCCAUUCAAGCUGAUGGUUGACUGUUUCCUCGCGCUCCUUCAUAAGCUGGGAUGGGGCAUGCAAGGUCUUUGCCGGGCCGGGCUCGCCCAGCACC